UUCUUUAGGGCGCUCUGUGGAAGAAGGCUCAGGUACUGUUAUCCCUGUUUUAGGGACAGGGAAAUUGGGGUCUGGAGUCACUAAAUGAUUUGUCUGAUGAGCGCAGAUGUUCAUGCUAUGCAGUAUGUGAAGACUAACCACAGCAGCAAUUUGCAUUGCGGGGCUGGAGUAUGCGAAGUUGCUAUUUUUAGCAGGCGAUUUCCUACGCUGUGUUUGAGCAUGGCAGUCGAUCUUCGAAAACCUUCAAACCCAAGAAGAACAUUCCUGAAGGCUCCCAUCAGUAUGAACUCUUGAAACAUGCCGAAGCAACUUUGGGGAGCGGUAACCUUAGACAAGCGGUUAUGUUGCCGGAGGGAGAAGACCUUAAUGAGUGGAUCGCAGUUAACACGGUGGAUUUCUUCAACCAAAUCAACAUGUUGUAUGGGACCAUUACGGAAUUUUGCACAGAGGCGAGCUGUCCGGUGAUGUCUGCUGGACCAAGGUACGAAUACCAUUGGGCAGACGGCACCAACAUAAAGAAGCCAAUUAAAUGCUCAGCUCCGAAGUACAUUGAUUACUUGAUGACGUGGGUUCAGGACCAGCUGGAUGACGAAACUCUCUUUCCUUCAAAGAUCGGCGUCCCUUUUCCCAAGAACUUCAUGUCGGUGGCCAAGACUAUCCUGAAGCGGCUGUUCCGCGUGUACGCCCACAUUUACCACCAGCACUUCGAUUCCGUCAUGCGGCUACAGGAGGAGGCGCAUCUCAACACCUCCUUCAAGCACUUUAUCUUCUUUGUGCAGGAAUUCAACUUGAUUGACAGGCGGGAGUUGGCUCCUCUGCAGGAACUGAUCGAAAAGCUGGGCUCAAAAGACAGAUAAGACUUUCCCUGGGAGGACGCGUUCGGCCACUCCUUUAUCGCUUCGUCCCCCAGCCACUAUUUCCGCUUUGCCUUCAGCGGUGCAAACCAGAGAAACCGGACUGCGGUUCAUAGCCCAGCUCGUGUCUCGGAGGCCUUUGGCGAAACCUUGCUUAAAAAUCUGGACAGCAGCAGCAGAUCCCCACAGCUCUGUAACUUGUUGGCCAAGCUGUGGUGACUCCAGCACCUUUAGUCUACUUUUCUAAACUCCAUGUAAUAAUUCUAGUCUGGCCUAGAAAUGGGAAGCAAUGUGUGAGUUUUACAGCUUCUUGGCUGGGGAAGGAAGUCCCUGAUUGUCACAGCAUGCUGUGACAAAGUGCGAUACACUUCUGCUCCUCUCGUUGAAGACUGCACUGGUUGGCUGCAGUUUCCCUCUGGACUUCAGCAUCUCGUAGUGACCAAAAGAG